CGGCCCGAGCGGCGUGUCCCGAGCGGGCUUCCGUCGGGCUCCGAACCGGGCCCGGGAAAAGCAGGGGCUGGUGCCUGGACCCGCAGCAGGAUGUGCUCCCUGGCGCUGUUCCCGCCCCCGCCUGCCCCCGGAGAUGUCACCUUGUACGAGUUUAACAACGCGCUGGUCUCCGGCCACAUCUACGAGAAGCUCCCGCUCGCUGUCCAAGACCAGUUGGCUGAUCUGCCUGUCCUAACCAUCCCCAAGGAAACUCUGAAAGCUCACACCCGGCUGGAGCAUAGCACAAAACCCGCCUUCAUCCACCAUCAGGAGACCCUCUGGAAGAGAUGUCUCAAUGCCUGGCGCGAUGUGGGAAUGUGUGGGGUGCUUAACGAGAUAGCAAAUGCAGAGGAGGCAGAUCUCCAGUGGAUGAAAACAGGAUCACGCUGGGCUUUGGCUCUGUGCCACUGGGUCUCCUCUCUCCACGGCUCCCUGUUUCCCCAUUUGUCACUGUGCAGUGAAGACAUGAUUGCGGAGUUCUCCCAGGCGGUGGACUGGGCUGGCUGCUCCAUCCGGGCUUUUGCCUGGCACCCUCACACCAGCAAGUUUGCGGUGGCCCUUUUGGAUGACUCCAUCCGAGUUUACAACACAAACAGCGCAACGGUCCCCAUCCUGAAACACCGUUUGCAGAGGAAUGUGGCCUCGAUGGCGUGGAAACCACUCUGUGCAUCCAUCCUCGCCGUGGCAUGCCAGAGCUGUGUCUUGCUUUGGCACUUGGAUCCUACUUCCCUUUCCACCAGGCCUUCGUCUGGCUGCGCCCAGGUACUUGCCUACCCCGGUCACAGUCCCGUCACCAGCUUGGCAUGGGCCCCCAGUGGAGAGAUGCUGCUCUCGGCCUCGCCUGUUGAUACUGCCAUGCUUGUGUGGGAUGUGUCCACGGAAAACUGUGUCCCGCUGCAGUGGUUUGGAGGGGGUGGAGUCACUUACCUUGCUUGGUCACCUGAUGGCAGCAAGGUGCUAGCAGCCACACCCUCAGCAGUGUUCAGGGUUUGGGAAGCUCAAAUGUGGACGUGUGAGAGGUGGCCCACCAUCAAGGGGCGCUGCCAGACAGGGUGCUGGAGCCCGGACGGCAGCCGAUUGCUCUUUACGGUCCUGGGGGAGUCGGUCAUUUACUCCUUGUCCUUCUCUGAGUACAGUGGAGAGAUGCAAGGGCAAGUAGGAGGAUCAAAAACAGCUUCUAUUGUGGCAGACCUGUCAGAGACCACCUUUGAAACGCUGUAUGGGGAGGAGAGGAUCGGAGGGGAAGUGCACUCCAUAGUCUGGGACCCCAGCGGCGAGAGGCUUGCGGCUCUCAUCAGAGGGAAUCCCGAAACCCCUGAAAGCAGGACGAUCAUUGCUGUGUUUCGUACCCGCAAUAGCCCCGUGUUCGAACUCCUGCCAUGUGGCUUCUUGCAGGGGGAGCCAGGGGCUGAGCCGCAGUUGAUCGCUUUCCAUCCCUGCUUUAAGAAAGGGGCCCUCUUGACUGUGUGCUGGUCUACAGGGAAGAUCAGCCACAUCCCGUUUUACUUCGUGAGCGCCCAGUUCCCCUGCUUUAGCCCCAGCCACAGUCCUGUUGUGGCCCUGAGCAGCAGCAGCGCCAGCGUGCGGGAGCAGCCCUUGUUUUCGGAGCUGUGAAGAGCGGAGGAGGGGACCCUUGGGCUGGGCUCCAUUUGAACCCUGCUGGGCCUUUCCUUGUCAUGCUACCUGUGCUGUUUAAGGAGUUUCCUUUCAUCCCGCUGCUGGGUAACCACGGUGCUCGCGCCCUUUAAAGGUUACUCCACCCCAACACAUCCACUGGGAUCAGCUAUUGGGGCAGCGUAUGCUGGGCACUGAUGGAUUGUAUCAUUUGUCAAGAGAGCGCCGAGUCUGGAAGGGGAGCAGUUUUGUUUGCAGUAUAAGGAGCCAGCCCAGGGCACGAGGCCCUGCUUUGUAAAGCACCUGGUGCUGUCCGGAUUAAAGAUCACACUUCCAUUCUGGCUCCCGUUCUCGUGCACCUCCCAGUGUGACCUGAAUGGCACUUGCUCUGCAUCCACAGCAGGUCAAGGGCUGCACUUUGGUGUUUGCAGUGGGGUGGCUCAGAGCCCCAGAGCUGUUUAAUCCCAGGAGCUGCUCCAGGCAGGUUUCCACGUGCCUUUCAUCUGCAGCCACCUGGCCUCAGUACUGCACUUGGUCACAAAUGGGGCAAGUGUUUACAGCUUGAGUCUGUUCUGCUGCGUGGGUGCAGGCAUGACAAUUGGGCAAGGGGUCAGGCCUGCUUGGAGCUAGGGGGCCUGUUCCUAUUAGGCACUGCUGGAGGGCUUUACAAACAAGUGACAUCUCUGCACCAGGUCAGUAUUCUCCCUGUUGGGCUAAACGAAGCACAGUGUGUGGCUCUCCAGUCCCCUCUAGUUUCUGGAUUACAUAGGGGCGUCUGUCACAGCCUGAGUGCACUUGGGUCUUUCUGUACAGACAGUGAAGGCUGCCGGUUUGGCAUCUAAAAGAUCCUGGGUUAAAUCCCUCACACUGACAGUUCUCCCAUAGGUGACAUGUUACUUAGAGGUGGGCAAGUGUUGAUGUGGAACCUAAGAGUCCUCCCCAUGUGACAUUACUUCCUUUCUGUAUGUUGGAUUUGGAUGCCCUGUUCCUGUUAAUGGGAAUCUGCUAGGCAGCUCUGAAACAUCUCAGUCCAUUGUACAUACCAGAGCUCUUUCCAUGAGAUCAGAGAGAAUUGUCAGCCCCCAAACCAGAGUCUCGCAUGCCCAGGGCUAGUUCAUAGGGGGAGAGGUGGUGUGGAGAGAGAAUUCUGAAAUUAAAAGAAUUCAAGUUUGGUUAAGAAAAUGACAUUUGUUUUAUAAUUCGUAGCUAGCAGGGAGAAGGCCCCAAUCAGCAAGUCGAAGAAGGCUGUGAGAAUAAUUAGUAUUACUUGUAGUGUGGGAAGGAUGUGUGGUUCCAAAAGUAACUAAUGAAAUAAAGAGCUGCAGUAACGAGACAAAAACUAUCUUAAAAGAAACCAGUGCAAACCUCACGUUCUGCUGGUAAGCGAGGAGGGGAGAGGAGCUAACAAGGGAAGAAGUUGAAGGGAGGAAAGUACCAAGAAUAAAUUGCUUCAAACUCCAUUUUUGCUAAAGCUAGUAAGUUAGCAGCCGGGUAUAAAGAGGGUAUGAAGGUUCUUUGUCAGACCCAGCCUGAUCACGCUGAAGCACACCAAGGUGAGAUGGUUUUCCCUAAGUCUGGCCCUUUCUUAAGUAUACUAAUCACAUGCUUCUGAAUACUUUGUUCCUGUAUUGUGUCGGGAUUGCUUGUUUUGUUUUUCGACUGUUGAGCAUGUUUAGAGCCAUUGUAUAAAAUACCAUUUGGCCUUUGGAAUUAAUAAAGGAAUUUAUGGUUGAA